GGGGAUAAGUCGGGUCCGUCGGCGCGGUGGCUGGGGAUCUCGCUGCACGAGCGGCUCGUCGGCGCAGGGGGGCCUGGAGCUGUGUGUCAGUUGGGUCGGCCGGUCAGUCGGCCGCUGCGGUCCCUGGGCGAAGGAGGGGCACGUGUGGUGUGGCGCCGGACUGGACUGUGCGUGGUAGUGAGUGGGCUGGCUCGGGGAGCUGCACGGAAGAGGUGUUGAUUAAGGUGGCGGUGUGGACUGGAGACGGUCAUUACAGAGAGGACGCCGGAUAAGGAGCGCGGCGAUGUCGCUGUGCCGCUGGCUCUCCCGCUGGCAGCUGUUUUUCCGCACGCGGCGGCGGACGCUGCGCCUGCUGCUGCUGACCAGCACAGCGGCUUUCUCGCUGCUGGUGCUGGCACUGCCGGAUACCAGCGAGCGGCGCUCGACGGCGGCAGGUGCUGGUGACAGCAGCGACCAGCAGGAGAGCUACACUUGCCUCCGGGUCACGCGGAAUACGCCCGACCUCGACCUCACCGAGGUGUUGCCCACGCUGAAUUUUACGGCACCAUGGACAAAGAAGAAGACGUUUUGGAACGCUGAAAUGGAGAAAAGGUUUCAGAAGACGAGGGUAAAACCACCAUUCCCGCUAAAGAUAAUGGUGGUGCCUCACAGUCACAACGACCCUGGCUGGGGCUGGACGGUGGUCGACUACUACCGGUCGCGCACACGUCACGUUCUCGACAGCAUCGUGCUCAUGAUGCCGCAGCAGCCCAACAUGCGCUUCAUGUGGACUGAGGUCACCUUUCUGCAGCUGUGGUGGGAGGACGCUACGGAACAGCAGAAGAACACGUUCAAGGAGCUGGUGCGCUCGGGUCGGCUGGAGAUAACCACGGGCGGCUGGGUGAUGACUGACGAGGCCGUCACUCGAAUGUACCCGAUGCUGGAUCAGCUCACUGAAGGUCACCGGUGGCUCAAGCACCACCUGAACGCCACGGUGAAGACGGGCUGGGCGGUGGAUCCUUUCGGCCACGGCUCCACCAUGCCCUACCUGCUGCGGCAGGCCGACAUCAAACAGACGGUCAUCCUGCGGACGCCAUACGUAUGGAAGGAGUAUCUGGCAGCCCGACAGGGUGGCGACUUCAUAUGGCAGCAGCAGUGGGACAAGGACGGCUCCUCAUCCAUGCUGACCCACCAUCAUCCCUAUUUCAUGUACACGACCAGUGCUGCGUGCGGUCCGUUCGGCGAGUCCUCCAAGAUGUGCUUCAACUUUGACUUUGCCCGCGACUGGGCCAACCCCGUCGCCUGGUACCGACAGUUCACUCAUGUCACCGACGCCAAUGUCAAGGAGCGCGCUGAACUCCUGGUCGACGCCGCUGGAAGGACAGCUUCUCUGUUCCCCCACAACGUGGCGCUGAUGAUGCUCGGAGCCGACUUCCAGUUCCAGCAUGAGUUCGAGUGGCGCGAGCAGUACACCAACUACACCAAGCUCAUGACGUACAUCAACAGUCACCCGGAGCUGGACGCCGAGAUUCAGUUCGCCACACCGGCAGAGUACUUCAGCGUGGUUCGGGCACGCUCUCGCCGCCGUCGCCGGCUUCCCACACUGGUUGGUGACUUCCACGUGUACUCAGACGUGUUCCAGGCCAAGCCCAAGUACUGGUCCGGCUACUACACGACGCUCCCGCACUGGAAGCGCGCUGCCCGCCAGCUGGAGUCGCACCUGCGUGCUACGGAUAUCCUCUACUCGUGGGCGUGGAGCCAACAUCGCGAGGCACACAGCGCGGCCAACUCGGCGUUCUACCACAGUUACAAUCGACUGGUGAUGAGCCGCCAGGAUGUGGCGCUCUUCAACCACCACGACGCCAUCACCGGCACUUCGGCCACCCACGUGAUGCGAGACUUCAUCGAGAGGCUGGAGAUCAGCGACACAGACCUGAGCCGAGGCUCACUGAUGAUGAUGAUUUCUCUCCUGCUCGAGUUGGGUCUCUACAGCAAGGUGCUGACGCUGUUCGAUCAAUACUCUCCUCUAGAGUACGGCAUCGGCCUGCCUCCACAACUGACUGAAUUCAAAAUUCCGACCGGUGAGAGUCGUCGCAUCCUGCUGUUCAACCCACUGGCGCAACCACGCACAGAGCUGAUGAAGCUGCGCGUCAUGCAGCCUAACAUUGCUAUCGCUGACGACACGGGGAAGCCACUGAAGGUGCACUUCCAGCCGGAUGGCAUUUGGUUCACCGCCUACUUCCUGGCACCACUCGACCCGCUAGCUGUCCAUGCCUUCCAGGUGACAAAAGCGCAGAGCCCUCAGCCUGCAGUGGUAGAGCGAACCAACCGGGACCUGGAAGAUUUUUUCCACAUCAGAAACGAUCGUUUCGUGGUGACGUUCAACAAGACUGGGUUCACGUGGAGUGUCCUGGACAAACGCUCCGGGCGUGAGCUUCCUUUCGUGGUGACCUUUGAAGCGUUCUCCACUGUCAAGGGAGAAAGUGGUCUGUACUUGUUCGCCACGGUUGAUGAGGCCCCGCCGAAGACAAUGCCGUGCAGAAACCGUCGCUGGACGGUUCGGGAGGACGGUGCACACUCGGAGGCCACUGUCGAGUGUGACCGCAUCAGCCUCACGGUGCGUCUGCUGAAGACAAACACUCCGCAAGGUCAGACACUGCAGCUAGAGACGACGACCUCAUUGACGGCAGAGGACACAGAGACGGACGUCUUCAUGCGCCUACAAACAGGUGUCGAGUCGUGUGCACCGCGAGGCUGUGGUUUCUACUCGGACGCUAACGAUUAUCAGAUGGUGUGGCGUCCGUACGUGACUGAUGCGGGAGUGCCGGGCAACGUGUACCCUGUCACGACGCAGGCGAGUGUGCAGGACAAUCGGCGACGAGUGACGCUACUCAUGGACCACUCACGAGGUAUAGGUGUCCUCGACGAGGGCGAAUUCACCGUCAUGCUCGACCGUCGCUCCAACUUUGACGAUAACCGCGGGAUCGGACAGGGCAACCAGGCGAACCGUCCGGCGCGCUCCACGUUCUGGGUCACCUUCGAGGAUCUGCCGGAGGCGCCAGUGAAGGACGAGCUCUUCGCGUCAUCACCUAUGACAGCUGCCCUGGCGCGGGAGCUGAAUCACCCACCGAGGGCGUACAUGUCGCGCGUGGCCUCCAACGACCCGCGUCUCCGGGAGCCUCUGCGACUGGUGGGCGGCGCACUGCCCUGUGGCUGGGAGCUGGUGACCCUGCGUCAGCUGCAGGACCGCUCGCGGUACGCCUACCCGGGUCGCAAGAUCCAGAUGACGCUGCUGCGUCGCCGGCUGGACUGCCGGCUGUGGGACGAGCGGGACGGCCUGCAGUGUCGGCACAGCGACACAGCCGGCGUGGAUUUCUCCGAGUUCCUCGGCCUGGAGAGCAUCCACGAGACGGGUCUCACGGGCGGCAGCAAGACAUCCAGCGGUCCCGGUCCGCGCGGGCUCAGGGAUGUCCGGCUGAAGCCCGAUCAGAUCAGGACGUUUGAGCUGGGAUACACGAGAAAGGGCGUGGAUAGCGUUGAGGUUGAUACGGAUGAGGAGGAAAUCGCGUUAGUGAAGAAGCUGAAUGACGUUUCGGAGGAAACCAACGUGAGAUAGCGGUCGACUAAGCCGCAAGGUGUAAUAAUAUUCCGAGCUUGACUGCAAAAAUCGAUCUGAAUGAUCAACAGUUGAGCUGUUGGAAGCACGUUGGCAGUUGAGAACGCCAGAGUAAAGACACCAUUGAAGUGAAUCGUCUCAAACGAUUGCCGCUUCCUUGUUUUCCGGCGGGACAUUCUGGAGGUGGUUGUGGUGCAAAACUGCCAAAACGACGCUCUUGUGAAAGACAGCCUUGGCAGCAAGUCCUUACCACACAUCCACACUAAAGAAUGUCGUUUUAACACGACUGUGACAUUUAUGUGGCGGGCGAGCCACGCUGUGUGGGUUUGGGAUACUUUGGGCACGUGUGUUGGGUGGUUUGUUACCGGGAACCGGUUGUGUCUCUGUGAUAAUGUGCCGUGGUACUGUGUAUCGUAGCACGUGGUUACCUGAACGUUUUCAUUUGCACACACGAAUCAGGGCGGUGCGAUGUUUUAUAAUGAGCGCAGGUGACAUACCAUUUGUCAAUGCAGAUCGGCAUGCUGACGCAGUUGUUCAGAGCUUACUGAAUUUUGUAUUCCAUUGCAAGAGUGGUUAGUGUUAAAAAUACGAUUUGAAUUGUGUCAAUUCACUUGCAAAUAAUGCCAAUUUCGUUGCAUUCUCAGCAUUAGGUAUGAGUCGUGAGAGCUUUACAGCGACCCGAAACACCUACCUUGGCGCGUGUCGUAAAAAAAAAAACUAUAGGUAUAAACCCGUUUGUAUAUUUUUCUGUGUAUGCUGCGCUGCACUAUCUAAAAGUGAUUUGAUUUUGAUAGUUAUACAAUAUACGGCUUCGUUGUAAACCUUCGUCUCCUCUCCUAUGCUUGCCGUCCCAAUUAGGUAUUGGCUAAGUGUUUUUCGUUUAAAGUCUUAGUUUCAUUUCUGUACCUACCGUAGCUCCUGGGCUUGCUGAUGCACCGUGUGCCUGUGAAAGUGUCGAGUGGAGCUUUGUUUUCACCGACACUCUCUGAUACAGAGUGGUCUACUUUUUGUGGUCCGUUUUGUGGUCUACGAAUGCAACCACUGGGUGUUGCAUCGUUGAUCUGCAUAAGUUUUGUAUUUGCCAUGUGCGUUUGAGUUUUGAGAUAUUUUCUUCAUUUGUGUUGUGGGGAUUCUCGUACGGACUCCGUUUCUUACGGACCUCAUUUUCUUCAUAGACCUCUCAUACAGAUCUUUCGUUUUGGAAAACCUUUUGCAAUCCACUUUGCAAAACCCUUUGAUUUUAUGCUCAGGUGUUGAUGGUUUGUUUAGGCAUAAAGGGCACGUAAACGGCUUCUCUGAACUUCAAUACUUGAAUUAAUUACGGGCUGCCGUUUCCAAUCUUCAGGUAUUUAGAAAUGUUGACGCUCAUGGGAAUGAGAAUCGCCAGCAUGGCUUUUUUGUGGCGGUGUCUUUUUAUAUUUAUACCUAUGUUUAGGUGCGAUUGAAUGAAUGGUGGAUUGGUAUACAAAUGUUGCAUUUGGUGAUGUUGUGUUGAAAUGACAUGUUUCAUAAAAUGAUAGUCAAAAGUCGCAAUGGGCCGGGAUUAGUCCGAAUAAUAAAAAUAUAUGAAGAUGUCAA